CCGCCGCUGGCGCUUCCCGCUCGGCGCUCGCCGGUGGCAGGUAGGUGCUACUGGCCUGCUAGUCAAGUGAACUUAAUACCUCAUGGAAAAAACACACAGUUGCAUGGCGUGUUCUGUGGGAUGCUUCUGCGGGAGAGAUGUUUCUAGAGAUGGGCACAAGAGAAACCCCUGACUUUCUUCUGUAUGGCUAGGUCCUGGUGGUUACCCUUGAUCAAGCUCAUGGUAAAGUAAAACUUCAGGAAGUUUACUUCUCCUCCUGGUGAAGUGGAAGAACGGAAAAUGAAGCUCUAAUAAGCACAUUCCGUGAUAUGGUUUUGGCCCGUGCCAGCUAGCACACCCCCAGAUGACACCUGUGGCGGGAUGGCGAGGGACUGUUCUCAGCAGGCAUUAUUGAAAAGGUGACAUUGGUGACGGAAGAAGAACAAGAAUGAUUACAUAUCCAUAACUCCCAGCAGCAUGUCAGGGUAUAUACCCAGUUACUUAGACAAGGAUGAGCUAUGUGUAGUAUGUGGGGACAAAGCCACCGGAUAUCAUUAUCGCUGCAUCACUUGCGAAGGUUGCAAGGGUUUUUUUAGAAGAACCAUUCAGAAAAACCUCCAUCCAACCUACUCCUGUAAAUAUGAAGGAAAAUGUGUGAUAGACAAAGUAACAAGAAAUCAGUGCCAGGAAUGUCGCUUCAAAAAAUGUAUCUUUGUUGGCAUGGCAACAGAUUUGGUGUUGGAUGACAGCAAGAGGUUGGCAAAAAGGAAGCUGAUAGAAGAAAAUAGAGAGAAGAGACGUCGGGAAGAGCUGCAGAAAACCAUUGGGCACAAACCAGAGCCAACAAAUGAGGAAUGGGAGCUCAUCAAAAUUGUUACUGAAGCACAUGUGGCCACCAACGCACAAGGAAGCCACUGGAAGCAGAAAAGGAAAUUUCUGCCAGAAGAUAUUGGUCAGGCACCAAUAGUUAAUGCCCCAGAAGGUGGGAAAGUGGAUUUAGAAGCCUUCAGCCAGUUUACAAAAAUUAUCACACCAGCGAUUACAAGAGUGGUGGAUUUUGCCAAAAAGUUGCCUAUGUUUUGUGAGCUGCCAUGUGAAGACCAGAUCAUCCUUCUGAAAGGCUGCUGUAUGGAGAUAAUGUCCCUCCGAGCAGCAGUUCGCUAUGACCCCGAGAGUGAGACUUUAACACUGAAUGGGGAGAUGGCGGUGACAAGGGGCCAGCUGAAAAAUGGGGGUCUUGGCGUAGUGUCCGAUGCCAUUUUUGACCUGGGUAUGUCUCUUUCUUCAUUUAACCUGGAUGACACCGAGGUUGCCCUUCUUCAGGCUGUUCUGCUCAUGUCAUCAGAUCGCCCAGGCCUUGUUUGUGUCGAGAGGAUUGAGAAGUGUCAAGAGGGUUUCCUCCUGGCAUUUGAACACUACAUUAAUUACAGAAAACACCAUGUUGCACACUUUUGGCCAAAACUGCUGAUGAAAGUGACAGACCUGCGAAUGAUUGGAGCAUGCCAUGCCAGCCGCUUCCUGCACAUGAAGGUGGAGUGCCCCACAGAACUCUUCCCUCCAUUGUUCCUGGAAGUGUUUGAGGAUUAGAGACUGGAGCAGUUCUCCACACCCCCAUCACACUACUGGCUGUCAUUUCAUCCUGUUGUCCAUCUCUUCUCACCUCUGUUUGUUCUUCUUCUUUCAUCUCUUAUGUUUCUUGAGGUGGGGUUGGGUUUUCAUUCAGUUUUUCUUCUGGGGUUACUGGGGGCAGUUGUAUGCACAUGGAUGAAAACAUCCCUUUAACGCAAGUACUUGUGACUUUUAACUAUUGCAAUUUGUUCUUUGGUCCUUUGAUGUGAAUGCUUUGACAGCUUAACAGUGAAAAUACAAACAAACCAGUCUCAUUCACCAGCACUAGCGUGGUCACCAGCUCACACAUAUCAUUGCUUGGAAACUAUGGGAGAGAAAUUGAAGUGGCAGAAAAUAAAUUGGCUUCCAAGGUAAAACAACUAUUGUUAAUUUGACCCUGACAAUUCUGUCUAGUAUUACCUCAUUUUGUAGGUCACAAGUGACCUGAGAUGACAAUUUCUAGUCUUCAUGGUUUUUCCUAUUGUAACAAUCACCAUUAUGAUCUAAGAUCUCCAUCAUCAUCAUAAUCACAUUAUUACUUGAGGAUUGUUCCGGCAGAUACAGUUUAACAGUGCCUCAUAAAUCAAAUACUUUUAUAACACAAAUUUAGAAGGGACUGGCUCAUUUUUUUCCACGUGUAUCAGAAAUUAAGAUCCUUCAGUUCUUACUACAUUUGAACUCCAGGUAACUUCAUUGGAAGGUAUGUUGGAGAAGGGAGGGGAAUAUGAUCCUCUGAGGUGCUUUUCCUCAGAGUGGAGACAUCUGCUUUUUGUGAGGUGUGUGUAAAAAUCGUCACUCUGAGGGAUAAGGCUCUCUAUCAGGAUAGCAGGCUUUC